GAACCAAAUAUGAGUAUAAUCUCUGAUUUCAACGACGAAGAAAAAGAAAAGGUCCUUGAGGACCUGACCUCCAAUGUGAAGCAAAUACAAGACGAUUUGUUGAAAGAGAUACUCACACUUAACUCAGGAACUGAGUAUCUCCAAAGCUUCCUUCAUGGAAGCUCUUCUAAAGAGCUCUUCAAAAAGAACUUACCAAUAGUCACCUAUAAAGAUGUGAAACCUUAUUUCGAUCGUGUCGCCAAUGGAGAGUCAUCGGAUGUAAUAUCGGCCCUACCUAUUACAAAUGUCUUCGUGAGUUCAGGGACUUCUGGAGGAGCAAACAAAAUACUACCAUCAAAUAACAAAUUUUUGGAUGGCUAUGCAUUCAGUAAUGAUCUUCUCGUGCACAUUAUAAGCAAGCAUGUGAAAGGUGUGGAGAGAGGAAAAGGGAUGAUUUUUUCCUUAACCGGACACGAGACAAAAACUCCUGGUGGCUUGCCCAUUGAGUCCAGUACAAGCUGGUACUUAAAGAGCGACUAUUUCAAGAAUCGACCAUCCAAUUGGUUUUAUUCCUUUACGAGUCCUGAUGAAGUUAUGUUGGGAAGUGACAUCAAGCAAAACCUUUAUUGCCAUUUACUAUGUGGUCUUGUCCAAAGAGAUGAGGUCAUGAGAAUUGGUUCAACAUUCGCUUCAGGUAUGGUCCGAGUAAUCAAGGUUCUUCAAGAUUCUUGGAAGGAGCUGUGUUCGAAUAUCCGAUCAGGUCAUCUCAGCGAAUGGAUCACUGACUCUGGCUGUCGAAACGCUGUUUCUAUGGUAACUGGAGGCCAGCCCCGUCCCAAGCUAUCAGACGAGAUUGAAAAUAUAUGCAGCUUAAAGUCUUGGAAAGGUAUAAUGAAAAAACUAUGGCCACAAACCAUGUACAUUGAAGCUAUUGUUACAGGUUCAAUGGCACAAUAUGUUCCUACACUGAACCAUUAUUGUGAUGACCUCCCUCUUGUUUCAACAACUUACGCUUCUUCCGAGUCAAUCUUCGGUAUUAAUAUUGAUCCUUUGUGUAAACCUGAAGACAUCUCUUACACGCUCAUGCCCAACAUAUCUUACUUUGAGUUUAUACCAGUGGAGGAAGGUAGUGAUGAUGUUGUAGACCUCGCAGAUGUCAAACUCGGGUGUUCUUACCAGUUAUUGAUCACAAACUUGUGGGGUUUGUAUAGAAUGAGAAUCGGAGAUAUGUUAAAGGUGACUGGUUUCCACAACAAGGCACCUCAGUUUAGGUUCAUGGGAAGAGAGAACACACUGUUAAGCAUUGAUACCGACCGGACAAACGAGAAAUACUUGUUCAAGGCUUUGAAUCGAGCAACACUGGUUCUUGAGUCAUCAGAUCUAAGACUUGUAGCUUUCACCAGCUAUGCACACUCCGCCACUGGCUAUGCAGAUACCUCCAGUAGUCCAGGUCACUAUGUGAUUUACUUGGAAGUAAAGGCUAAAAACGAAGACAUUAGGGACCUCGAGUUCGACGAAAAGACAUUCUUGGAGUGUUGUUUAGUAAUGGAGGAUUCAUUUGAUGAUGAGUACAGGUACUGUCGGUCUAACGAGUUUGUUGGGCCUCUCGAGAUAAGAGUAGUGAAUGAUGGGAGUUUUGAUUCUCUUAUGAACUUGUCCAUCUCAAAGGGUACUUCGGUUAAUCAAUACAAGACUCCUACAUGCAUUACGUCUGAAAAGGGCGUACAAGUAUUGGAGACAAAUGUGGUUGCUAAAUUCUUCAGUACUCUAAGUGCAUCUCAUUUUGCUUAACUCAUGCCGUGGUUCAAGAAAUUGGAGAAAAUUGUGUUUUAUUUGUAUUUUAUUUUCUUACUAUCCAUGACUAUUUGCUUAUUGCUUCAUUGAUAAGAUGUUCUUUGAAACUUAUGCUUUAAGAAUUCUCAGAUGUAUUAUCCUUAGUUGUUGCUCUUGGUUUCCCUGAACUUUACAAGUUUUCUUGUAGCGAAUUCUUUUUAUAUGAAUUUCAUUUUCCAACGACAUAAUAACUAGGUGAUAAUGCGCGUGAUGAAAUUAAAUCAAGUUUACUAGCGAUCCUAUAAACAUUAUUUAAUUUACCUAGUUUGUGCUUAUUAAAUGAUAUAGCCCAUUAAGACUUGCCAAAUGUUUGAAAAAUUGGUUUACAGAUAACUAACGCACAGCGUUUAGACGUGCAUGUACGCCGUACAAGCCGUUUUUUCAGAACAGAGCCCUUUGAGAAGUCUAAAGGGUAAGGCACCUUAGAGCAUCUUUAACCAAAGCACCCCUAAUGGGGUGCUUAAUCAUUUUUUUAUUGACAAAUAUGUGUUAAGAAUUUUAUUAAGAAACUUGUAUAUUUUCUCCUUCCAAUGCAAGGUGCUUAAUAUGGGAUGCUUGAUCCGUGAAGUUCAACAGACAAACACACAGAAACAAAACAAAAAUGAUUAACCGAACAUGAUACACGAUUCAACUCAGACCAGAUACUAUAUCAUAUAAUUGAACUCUUAAACAAUUGAGAUCAAAUUCCAAAGCAGAUGCUAAAUUAUAUCAUUUCAGACAAGAACAGAAGCUACAACAUAUCAAUUCAAUCGUUCCUAUAUGAACCUAAGUAAAACCGAGCAAUAUAAACAAAGACUCAAACGCAGACUAAUCAAAAUAACAAACGCUUCAGACAUGAAAGGAAAAAUUAUUAACUUUACCUUUCGUCGAUAAGAGCUUCGGGCCUGAGAGAGAGGAAAGAUAUGGCGAUGAGAGGUCCGGACCUGAGAGAGAUGCGAGGUGAUUCUUCAUCGAGGUGAGCCGUCUAGAGAGAGAGUUGGAGGAGAUCGACACAGAGAGUCGCCGAAAGAUUCACCGCGGAGUCGUCGAGGAGCGAAAGACACGAACAGAGAUCAUCUUCCACUGAUUCGUCGAGGAGAGAGAACCUUCGAGGAGGGAUCAGGAGGAGAGAUCACGGAGGCGGAGUCGGAUGCAUGUCGGAGGCGUUGAGGAUAUAUCACGAGGAGAGAUCACUGAGGCAUCGCAGAGAGAUCGCGACGAUAGCUCACGGAGGCGUCGAGGAGAGAUCACGAAGGCGUCAAGAGAGAUUACGGAGGCGUCGCGAGGAGAGAUCACGGAAGCGUCGAGGAGAGAUCACGGAGGCGUCGAGAGAGAUCACGACGGAGGAGCACCGGCGAUUCUCGAUUUCGUCGAGGGAGAGAACCCGAAGGCGGAGUCGUCGAGAGAGAACACGAGACGGUUUUGUUUCCUCAUGAGUGAGAGAGAAAGAGACGCGGAUAACCCAUGGUGCAACACGUGUCUCCUAAGCUUCGCUUCUUCUGAAGCUUAAUUAAGCGCCGUGUUUUUAAUAAUUACUUCAUUUUCAUUUUUUUUUAAAUACAAAAAUCUUUAAGCACUCCACUAAGAGCUUGCGUUAAUGAUGCUCUUAGAGCAUGUUCAUUAGUGAGACACAUUAAGGUCUCUUAAGUGGGUUGUAAUGAUUAUUAUAUUAUUAAAAUUAUGGUAAGAGAUUUUGCUAAGAGACAGUUAAUUAUUGGGGUUUAUUGGUGGUAUCUUAAUUAAGGUUCUUAACAAUUUAAAAAGACUAAAAUUAUUUUUUAAUAUAAAAUUCAAAACAAAGAUUAAAUUUAUUUAUUAAUUAAAACAAAGUCAAACAUAAGAUUUUAAACAUAGAUUUAAAAAAAAACAUAAAAACAUAAAAA